AUGCCGAAAAAGAAGAAAUCCCAGGUCAGCCUGGCGAGCGAGGACAUCAAGGGAGAAAGCUCACCAGCAGCAAGCGUCCCUGCGUCUCCAGAUCCUCAGUCGCCGCGGCCGCCGCUGCAAGGAUCCGGAGCGAAGAAAGGAGGUGAGAAGAGCAAACAGGCGCAGCCCUCGACAUCGGCACUCAUCAUAUGUCGGAACAAACACUGGCGAUACAUUUCUUCUUUUCACGGCCCUUGGCUCCAGCUACCUCCGGAUAUCCUCGAGACCCUCUCGUUUAGUAACUAUGCCUCCCCGCGACCUCAUCCCAUCGACCCCGCUGUGUUCUUCGACAUCGUCAAGAUCCGCCGCUCCAUCGAGGAAGCCACCGACCUCGCCGUCCGAGCUGCGAAUGGGACCACCUCUUCGGCGCUGGGGAAUUCGCUCAAUGCCUCCAAUGGCAUCCUGAGCGGCGGAAGCAGCGCGGUGCUCGGACUAGGGAUAGGCGGGGGCAGUGGGCACGCGAAGCUGAGCCGCGAGCGACGACAUCGCAUGCGGGAGCACGCGACGCAGAAGCUCGCCAAGGCGUACCGGCUGGACGAGAUCGCGGCGAGUGUGGCGACGAUGCAGUCUGCGUCUGCGCUCGAGGAGGUGGCCAAGCUGGUGCUGCAGCGGAACGAGUACGACUGCGAUGCCCAGUAUGUGCAUUUUUUCCAUGAGAAGAUUCCGUCUCGGUCGUUGGCGCAGUGUACGAGCCUGGAGCCGCUGGAUGAGAUCAUUGCUACACGGCCGCGGGAAGGGUCGACGUUCAGGACAAGAGCGGUGACGAGGGUGUUUAAAGAUGAUUAUACCGGUGCUGCGAGGGAUCUUACGGAAGGGCUGAGCGUGUUCCGUCUAUACAUGACUCCACACGUAGAAGGCAAGGGUGAGGCUGAGCUGUUCGCCGCUAGGAAAGAAAAUGAACCGCGGACCAUGGAUAUCCGGGAGGAAUUGAGGGUAGAUGAGAAGGAUCAGCCCACGGGCUUGGAGACGCAGCUAUUAUUCCAUCGGGCCGGUGUAUAUCUGAGUAUCGCCUGCCAGCACAUCAAGUCUGCCUUGGAUGAUCUAAAGCUGUCUCAGAAGGAACGCAUCCCUAAGCCAGAGCCCUACAACGAAGGCGCCAGCUCCCCGUCGUUGUCCCCUGCUGGAAAGGAGGCAUACCGUCGGUGGCUGGAGGCGCGCAAGAUUAUAAAGACAAAUGCCCGACGUGCCCUUCGUGACUACAUGAGCUUUCUGUCGCAUUUUGACUAUACGCCAGGCCUUUCUUGUGAAGUAGCCGAAGCAUUCCUACGCAAGGUCAACUAUACGUCAUCUGGAAAUUUCGGAAAGCCACGACGGCCGCGGACCCAUUCAAGCCGUCUGCUUGAGUCUGGGGACGGCAGCGAGGAAAGCCCCGGACAGAAUGGUCAUUCGUCUCUGCCUUCCACUACGGUAUAUAAAGUCUCCGAGCUCUUUUCUGCGCAACCUCCGCCGGACCUCCCUCCUUUCCCCGCCGAAUCACAGGAACUGGUUCCCGCAGCCCAGGCACAUGGCGGCGACAGCGAUGAUCACUCCUCUCACGAAGCUGUCACUUAUCACCCCCUCCUGACCGAUGCACUCCACUCACUGCUUCUAUGCCACGCAAUCGUCCAGACGUCUUCAAAAGAACUUCUUCGCCAUGCCUACAUGGCUGCCCGGGUCGCCCGGGUCUGCGAUGGAUAUCCGAUCUUUCUAGCCCCGCGGUCUCCCUCCCGUGCAGACUGGAUGGAAGUGAUCAGUCACGUAGAUAACUGGAUCGAUUUGAAACAGCCGUGGGAGUCUCUCUGCGCGCCAGCACCCCUUUCCCAGGGGCAAGGGAUCGAGAAGAUUGGCCUCACGGAGGAGGAAGAGCGGGAGAAUCGGAAACAUGAAGCGAUCCUGGAGGCACUGGGAGACGACCGGGUGUUCGAUGAGGCAACCUUCCGGGCUGUGGUGCAGGCGCGCGAGAAGCGGAUGGAGCAGCAGCAGCAGCAGCAGCAGCAGCAGCGAAAGGCGAGUGGGCAAGGCGGUGGCAGCCCUGUGAUCAAGCGCUGGGCGCAGGAGGAUGGGAAGGAGUAUCCUAUCUGUACGGAGCGGGCGGAGGGCAUUAUUCGGUGGAUCCAGGAGGCUCCUCUCUCUACAGGUGAAGGACGAGCAAAGGGGAAGAAGGGGAAGAAGAAAAGGUCCUCCAAGGGUGAUAACGAGACUCCGGCUGAAAUUAUGACGUCGAGAGAAGACAGCUUCCAAGAUGCGGAUUGAAGUAGACGGGGGGCAGCAACUUCUGCUGUGCUUUCAAAAACGUGGGCAUCACUGGGCUACCUUUUUUGAGCAAAAGUUUAGGAUUCCCUCUACGAAAUGGCGACGGAACGGCUUUUUUUUUCCUUUUUCCUUUUUCUUUUUUCUUUCUUUCUUUAUAUUUUUGGCAAAUCAUCCCCGGAAAUUGGAUUUCCUUUUUUUUUUUUUUCCUUUCGAGAAAUGCGCCGUGUCAUUUUGGGAUCUUGUACGUGUACAACAUAGCUACUUCUUUGCUAUUGGAAAUGUAAUUAUUGGAAUCAUG